AUGGCUGCAGCUACUACUAUGAAGGCACUCAACUACCUUGGGCCGUACACGGUUCGGGUAGAAGAUGUCGAGAAGCCCAAGAUGGAACAUCCUGAUGAUAUCAUUGUCAAGGUCACGACGGCCGCAAUUUGUGGCUCAGACUUACACAUGUACGAAGGACGAACAGCCGCCGAGCCCGGUAUCACCUUUGGUAAGAUCUGGUUAGGCCGAGUCGCAAGAAUCAGGACUAAAGAGGAGAUAGGUCAUGAGAAUAUGGGAAUUAUCGAAGAGAUAGGGGAAGGUGUCACAUUGUUGAAAAAGGGCGAUCGUGUGGUGAUGCCUUUCAACGUAGCUGAUGGUCGGUGCCGCAACUGUGAGGAGGGGAGGACAGCCUUUUGUACCGGUGUAAACCCCGGAUUCGCUGGAGGCGCUUAUGGUUACGUCGCAAUGGGCCCUUACCGAGGAGGACAAGCACAAUACAUUCGAGUUCCCUAUGCAGACUUCAAUGCUCUGAAAUUACCCCCGGGGAAGGAACAUGAGGCCGACUUUGUUCUUCUUGCAGGCAAAUUAACAAUCAUCCUAGAUAUCUUCCCUACUGGUUGGCACGGCGUCGAAAUUUCUGGCUUCCGAUCGGGAGAGAGCAUUGCAGUCUUUGGUGCUGGUCCGGUCGGACUCAUGGCAGCUUACUCGGCUGCUUUGCGAGGAGCAUCCAACAUAUACGUCGUUGAUCGCGUUGCCGAGCGGCUGGAAGCAGCCCAGAAAAUUGGCGCCAUUCCCAUAGAUUUCACAAAGGGGGACGCAGUCGACCAAAUUAUCGCGCACAAUGGUGGAAUGGUUGAUCGAUCCGUGGACGCUGUCGGAUAUCAAGCUGCCAAUUCCACUGGCUCUGCCGAGAAGGCGAACAUCGUUCUUGAGAACAUAAUUCGCAAUGACCCCGGUGCCUCUGACGCAGCCACUGCAAAUGGAAUGAUCAGUCUUAGUUUUGGAAAGCUGUGGGAAAAGGGCCUAUCCAUCGGUACUGGACAGUGCAAUGUCAAAGCCUAUAAUCGAUAUCUCCGUGAUAUGAUUAUUGCUGGCAAGGCUAAGCCUAGCUUUGUGAUUUCACAUGCAAUUGCACUUGCAGAUGCUGAGACCGCCUAUGAGAAAUUCGACAAGAGAGAAGAUGGAUACACCAAGGUAAUCAUUCACCCCAAUGGUGGGUUUUGA